AUGGGGAGUUGGUUUGAUCAUGUCAUUCCUUGGUUGAAGCAUAAAGAUGCUGAAAACAUUCUGUUUCUAAAGUAUGAGGACAUGAAGAGGGAUCUCCCAGGGGCAGUGAGGAGUAUAUCACAGUUCAUGGGAUAUGAUCUUGAUCAGGCUACAAUAGAGAGUAUUGCUGAACAGAGCUCAUUUGAAAAUAUGAAGGCAAAUCCUCUGGCUAACCCUCAACAUUUUGAGCCUAUGAAAGAUUUGUUUAAAGAGAACCGUGGUCAAUUUCUGCGUAAAGGAACAACUGGUGAAUGGAAAAGUCACUUUAGUGAGGAACAAUUGGCAAGAUUUAAUGCUGAGUAUGCUAAAAGGAUGGCUGGAACUGGUUUGGAAUAUGAGUAG